GUGUGUGUGUGUGUGUGUGUGUGUGUGUGUGUGUGUGUGUGUGUACGUGUGUGUGUGUGUGUGUGUUUAUGUCUGUCUGAAAAGCACCAAGACAGAACGGUGUCGUGUCAUGACGAAACUUGAAAAUAAAGCUGCAGAGGACCGGGCUCUCGACCAAUCAGCUGCGACUCGACCCUGAAUGGACCAAUGGUGCGGCAGGGCACCCUUGGCGCCAAGAUUCUCGGUCGUGGUCCCCUAUAUAAGCCUCCGCUGUUGACGGGAACCUCUAAGUAUCACAUUCUGAAUUCGAAAGAAUGGCACGUACCAAACAAACCGCUCGCAUGUCCACGGGUGGCAAGGCCCCUCGCAAGCGGCUUGCUACCAAAGCUGCUUGUAAGUCGGCCCCUGCCACCGGAGGUGUGAAGAAACCUCAUCGUUACAGGCCCGGUACCGUGGCUCUGCGUGAGAUCCGUCGUUACCAGAAGAGCACCGAGCUGCUGAUCCGCAAGUUGCCGUUCCAGCGCCUUGUUCGUGAGAUCGCACAAGACUUCAAGACCGACUUGCGGUUCCAGAGCUCUGCCGUCAUGGCUCUGCAGGAGGCUAGCGAGGCUUACCUCGUGGGUCUGUUUGAGGACACCAACCUGUGCGCCAUCCACGCCAAGCGUGUGACGAUCAUGCCCAAGGACAUCCAGUUGGCAAGACGUAUCCGUGGAGAGCGUGCCUAAGCGAGCUCACUUCUCAUCUGGUUCAUCCAGCGAGGAACAGCGAUCACCGGCCGACAAAACGAACGGUCCUUUUCAGGACCAAAC